AUGACUUCCAAGGGCAAACAGACACAACGAGACACCCAACCCGAAAACACAUCAGAAGCAGGAGAAGCCAUGGACGUCGACCAGCAACAUCAGGAAGAGAACAACGACGGAGCAGACGACAGCGACACAGACUCGACCAUCUCUUCAUCCCUGCCAAACUCAUUCCUCUCGGCAGGACUCAAAACCCUCGAGCAAAGAAGAGUCUCUACAUCAGGUCUGGCUACACCUUUGCACACACGGAACCCCAUGCUACUGGAAGGCGAGCGAGCCGCAGCAAUGGUGCCACGACGACGGGUUAUGAAGACCCCUCCACCUAUAGGCGACGACGACUUUAUCUCCACACCUUCCAAGAUUCAUGGAAGCACAGCACCUCUCGUCAAACCCACGUUUGCUCGGCCGGGGUCCCUUUUGUCAAAAAUGACCGACAACGGCUCACUUCUCGGAAAACACCCGCAAACACCCAGUCCAGGAGAGGAGACCCUUCGAAGCAAAGGGUUCAAAAGUCUUUCUUCCAAAGAAAACGAUGCCCCAGUUAGGAUCCUCGACUUUUCCAAGCCAUCGACACCGGAACCAAGUGGAGGCUCAAUAUAUUCACCAGUUCUUGCACCAAACUUUGGAACACCACCAGGAACGCCACGACAGAAUGACCCUCUCAAUUUCUCAUUUCUCACAAGAACUGCGUCGGUCAACUCACCCUUCGGAAAUGACGGUGAAAAUAACCCGUUUUUGGGAUCACCAAAGCCAAAAGCGCGCUUCGAGAUGGACUAUCUGUCGGAAAGUCAGUGGUAUUCAGAGUACCCGCAUCACCUGACAGAGGAGUACUUGGAGGACUUGUUCCGUCUCGACCGACGAGUGAUGUUUUCAAAGGGCAAGGCAGGAUCGAGAUUAUACCCGGACUACCUGACGACCAACUUUUACGUUAACGAGAUAGUCCUUGGAGCAGGAGAGCACGCUGACGUUUUGAAAGUCCAGAGCAAAAACAGCAAGGAGUUUUACGCUGUUAAGCGGCUCUUGCGCACUGUGCAAGGUGCCAUGGAGAGAAAGCGAUAUUUGAACGAGGUCAGGAAUAUGUGGCGGGUAGAAAAGUCGCCCAACGUUUUGCAACUUCUGGAGGCAUGGGAACAAAAGGGCAAGAUCUACAUGCGCAUGGAACUGUGCAAGCUCGGAAGUUUACAAUCGGCGCUGCUGGCUCAGAAGAAAUAUGGCGGGUUUGACGAGAAGCGGACAUGGAAAUGUCUCACCGAUCUCGCAUCUGGAUUAAGAGCCAUUCAUGACAGCAAUAUCAUUCACUUGGAUAUCAAGCCUGAGAAUAUCUUUAUUACAGCAGCAGGAGCGCUGAAGAUCGGUGACUUUGGCCAUUCGAUUGCCUACCCUGUCGAGAAGAAGGAUAUUACCGAGGGCGACAAGUUCUACAUGGCACAGGAGUUACUGAAUGGGCACUGCGGCAAAUAUUCCGACAUUUUCAGUCUGGGUAUGACAAUCUACGAGAUGAUCACGAACCAGAGCGGUGACCUUCCGGGAGAGGGGCGACAUUGGCAUGAGCUCCGAGACGGCGACUUUUCGCUGGAGAAUAUUACGGACCAAGGCAGGAAUUUUAUUGAAGGAGCACUGGAUACCCCUCCCAACGAACCAUCAUCAACAGCCACCUCGACCGCGUCUACGACUGCAUCCUCAUUAACAGCAGUUAUGAGUGCAAGCCCACUUUCAGGAUCGUCAGUUUCAGCCCCGUUCGAAUCUGUCCUGGGAUCGUCGAUUUUAAAGUCGAGUCAUCAGAGGGUGUUUUCUGAGGAUUUGGUUGAGCUGAUGAAGGAGAUGAUGCAGCCGGACUACUUGAUGCGGCCCAGUACAUCGUCUAUUCUGAGCCACCCGAAGAUUCAACGGAUCCUGGGCAAGCGUAAUGAUGCCGCCAGUAAGGGUGCACGCACCGAGGAAGCCAUGUCCGGACUUCUUCUGCAGUCUGUUUAA